AUGAUUGUUAAAAAGCAAUAGCUCAAGGAAAAAUAUAAAAAGGCAUUGUUGAAAUUGGAGGAGAAUGAAGGCAGAGAUCAGUUUCUUGAUGGAAGACCCUAUGAAUUAGGUGAAUUAUUUGAUAGAAUUAGUGCAAAGGAGAUACUUGAUUAUGCCUAAAGACUGCCUAAGAUUAAAAUGAGAUUUUUAAAUCAAAGUUUGAACUUUAACCAAAGUAUUCUGCAAAACAAAUUCGAAUGUACUUUAAUUUGUCUUAAUUAUAUUACAGAGGAAAAUAGAGUAAAACCACCUUAGAUAUACCCCUAGAGAGGAUACAUAUUUGAUUAAGAUAAAAUUACCAUAGAAAGUUAGUAUGAUCCUGCUUCUGGAAUAUUAGUGGCUUGCUAGCAACAUUUUAUAGAGAUUAAAUGUAUAGCAUUCAAGCAAGGAAUGCUUGAGUCAAAAGUAGUUACUAAAUCCUACGAAGUAAAAAAGGGUGAGGGCAGGCCAUAGAACAUAAAUGCUGGCAUUAUUAGACCUGAUAAUAUUAGGAUCAAUGCUGACUAUGAUAAUGAAAAUGAAAAUUUGUUGGGUGAUGAUGAAGAAGGAUAAUUAUAGUUAGAUUUAGUAUUGGCUUCACCCAGCGGUAUUUUGACAACUCCCUACAAUAAUAGGAACACUCCAUCUGGUUAAACACCUGGAUAUUUGAUGAGAGAGGGGUCACAAAAUAUUCUAAUGAAUCUAAGCAGACCAGGUUCUACAAAUCCAUACCAUUAGCCAAAGAGAGAUCAUCUUUCAGACUCGAGCUCAGAAUCAGAUUUAUGA